CAUCAAGAAGGUGUGCUAGGUCAUGGGGUUGAAGAUCAUGCUGAUCACAUGGGACAACAAUUGCAUCCUACACGUGAGCAGGUAGGAGGAGCUAUUUCAUCCUCUACAACGGGUACUACUUCUUCUUCUAGAGGACGGAACAAUAAGCAGCCGUAUGUGAAGGACGCCGAUGCACUUGCACGUCUGCAACGUUUGGCGCCAGAGUUUUUAGCCAAUGUCCUACAUCCCAAUAGAACCGGCGCCAAGGUAGACGAAUUCACUGUCUCUCGAGACCGCAUUCGCUGUCUUGAGUUGCUUUUGAAAACAGUGAGCCAGGAGCAAGUGCGCGCGUGGAUUGAGCAACCCGAAGAUUUCUUGAUAGCUCUAGCUGAGUACAACUACAACAACAAGAAACUUGUACAAGAGGAAGAACAGCAGACGCUUCGCGGUCAGCAGGGUGACAAGAUGAAAGGCCACCAAGACCCAUUCCAGAGUCAUGAC